GAGAGAGAGAGAGGGAGAGAGCGGGCAAGUGAGGGCUGAAGGCACUCAGAAUGGAUGGGCAAAGAGAAACCGUGCGAGCGACAGAGGCAGAGUGAGCGAGUGUGUAUUCUCAGAGUCAGCGGCGAAGACACAGAAAGUCUACAAGCUCACACCACAAAGAGAGCGCGCAAAGGCAGAGCUGACAACCGGCUACACUCAAGAGUGACACACAGAGGGAAAAGACACAGAGAGACAGGAGAGGGAGAGAGAAGAAGGAGGACCAGAAGAAGAGGAGGACAGAAGACAGACAACCAGCUUUCCUCUGGUUUUGCCCCUCUCCACUCCGCAGUCAUGAUCCCCUGGGUCCUUCUGCUGCUCCCGUGGAUCUCCGGACAUGGGACAGAGGCCAUGUUUUCCCAGCAGCCACAGGACCUGGUGGUGGUGGCAGGCCAGCUUGUGACAUUACCGUGCAGUAUCCCCGGCUAUAACGGCGUCGUCCUGUGGAUCAAAAACGGCUUGGCGCUGGGUGUGGGCAGAGACCUCUCUGGCUACCCUCGUUACACGGUGACUGGCAACCAUGGUUCAGGGGAGCAUCAUUUGCGAAUCCAGCAUGUUGAACUGACGGAUGAUGCAGUGUUUGAGUGCCAGGCGGUUCAGGCUGCCAUGAGGUCCCGUCCUGCCCGCCUCACUGUUCUGGUUCCUCCAGAAGACCCAGUCAUCAGCGGAGGGCCAGUUGUAAGCCUAAGGGCCGGUGACCCACUCAAUCUGACCUGCCAUGCUGACAAUGCCAAACCUGCGGCCUCAAUUAUCUGGAUCCGCAAUGGAGAGGUCCUUAAUGGGGCCAUGUACUCCAAGGUAAGCAUAGAGACCUUGCUCCGGGAUGGCAAGAGGGAAAGCACCGUAAGCACACUCUACCUAUCGCCUUCCAACAUUGAGACAGGUCAGCAGAUCAUCUGUAAGGCCUCCAACAAGGCAGUCCCCAACGGCAAGGAGACCAGUGUCACAAUUGACAUUCAGCAUCUCCCACUUGUAAAUCUCUCAGUGGAGCCUCAGCCUGUUCUGGAGGGCAACCUCGUAAAAUUCCACUGCUCCGCAAAGGCCAACCCUCCUGUCACACACUACAGGUGGGCCAAAGGGGGAAGUAUAAUUAAGGAGGUCUCCGGGGACACAUACGAGGUCAUCGUGGAUCACUCCUUCUUUACGGAGCCUGUGUCGUGCGAGGUUACCAACCCUCUCGGCAGCACCAACAUCAGCCGCAAUGUUGAUGUCUACUUUGGUCCUCGCAUGGCUGCAGAGCCUCAGUCCUUGCAGGUUGACCUUGGAUCUGAUGCUGUGUUCAACUGUGCCUGGACAGGAAAUCCCUCUCUUACCAUCGUGUGGAUGAAAAGAGGCUCUGGGGUGGUUCUUAGCAACGAGAACCUCCUGACACUGAAAUCCGUGAGACAGGAGGACGCUGGGAAAUACGUUUGCCGUGCCGUCGUGCCACGUGUUGGAGCAGGGGAGAAGGAGGUUUCUCUUACUGUCAAUGGGCCGCCUACUAUCUCAAGCACACAGACUCAGCAAGCUUUACAUGGAGAGAAAGGACAAAUCAAAUGUUUCAUCCGAAGUACACCUCCGCCAGACCGCAUUGCCUGGUCUUGGAAGGAAACGGUGUUAGAGUCUGGAACGUCCGGCCGCUACACCGUAGAAACCGUGAACACAGAGGAAGGCGUCAUCUCCACGCUGACCAUGAGCAACAUUGUCCCAGCAGACUUCCAGACUAUCUACAACUGCACCGCGUGGAACAGCUUUGGCUCUGACACCGAGAUCAUACGCCUUAAGGAACAAGGUGGGAGCCAAGAAUCUCUCCCAGUGGCGGUGAUCAUCGGCAUUGCCGUGGGAGCUUUCGUGGCCGUCAUUGUCCUCAUGGGCACCAUCGGAGCAUUCUGCUGCACCCGCUCCCAGAGAAAGGAAGCGCACCUGGUUAUGCCCUCACUGCCCGUCUCCAUCUGUGCUCACCAGAGAGAACUUGCAAGCAAAAUUAAGACAGAAAAUCUGAAAGGAGUCGUGUCGGCAAAAAAUGACAUCCGGGUGGAGAUUGUGCACAAGGACCACAAUGCAGCCCGAGAAAAUGAAGAGCACACCUCCAUGAAACAACUGAUGGUGAGUGUUGAACGAGAAGAGUUCCAGCAGGAAUCUGUUCUGAAGCAGCUGGAGGUGUUGCAAGAGGAAGAGAAGGAGUAUCAGCACAUAAAGGACCCUACAAAUGGCUACUACAGUGUAAAUACCUUCAAGGAGCAUCACACACCUACCAUGACAGGGAACCCUACCACUGAGGUGAGGAACCCAACCAACACAGGUACCCUGGGAAAGCAGCGGGUACCGACGGGCAUGUCCUUCACCAACAUCUAUUCCACUCUUGGAGCUGGUCCCAACCGACUGUAUGACUACAGCCAACGCUUCGUGCUGGGCAUGGGCAGCAGCUCCAUUGAGCUUUGCGAGCGGGAGUUCCAGCGCGGCUCGCUCAGCGACUCCAGCUCUUUUAUCGACACGCAGUGUGACAGCAGCGUCAGUAGCUACAGUAAGCCAGACGGCUACGUGCAGUUCGACAAAGACAGCAAGGCCUCCGCCUCCUCCUCAUCCCACUAUUCCCAAUCCUCCUCGCAGAACUCAGACCUCACCCGACCCCUCCAGAAGCGCAUGCAGACCCAUGUCUGACCUCUUGGGAGGGAAGGGCUUUUGGAACGGGGUGAAACAAACCAGCUAGGAUUGUAAAACUGAAAGAACCAGCUCUGAGGAGCGCCUAAAAAGAACAAUGUCAGUAGGUGUUUCCUGUGGAUGCCUGAAGACACUGGGGCUUUAAUGCACCAUGUGACUUGUUUAGACUUCCCAGUGUCCCAAAACAAAAAAAACAAAAAAAAAAAAGGAUCAAGAAGCCUUAUAUUUCGCUCAUGCUCAACUCAUCAACUCCCUCCUUUGUGCCACAGAGAGGUUAUUUGCCAACACAAACACUGCACGAGUACAGCGUUUAAACUUUUGGGUUUUGCAGUGACACUGUUGACCGAUCAGAGGGCAGGAAAACAAGGCUUGUGUGACAAUCAGCACCCUUGGGAUGGACCACUUUUGCUUUUUUGAAGAAGAAAAACUGGAAGUGUUGUCAUGAGUGUUUUGGCACUCAGCACAAACUGUCUGCUAAUGAGUGCAAGCCAGUGUCCUGCUGCUCUCUUGUAGUUUGAAGCACAAAAUUCAAUGUGCAUGUGGUUUUAAGUUGUAAAAACAACACCUUUUUUUCUCUUCUCCACUCCCACUUUCCCUUUAAACACUGUACGUUAAGCUCGGCUUGUUCAAACUCGUCUCCUGUGUAGGUGUAAGAAAACUUCCUCCAUAUGCCCACAGACGUUUCAAGCGCUGAAAAGAGCGGUUGUUUUUCCUCUCCGCAGCUGUAUCUGGGCCACAGAGCUGAGCAGAUAAAGAAGGGCCAAGAUCUCAUUUUAAAUCCCUGAGUCAUUAUUUUACUUUGAGACUCUGCGAUAAAAGAAUAUCAGUGUACAUACGCGACUGUAAUUUCUUUUCUAGCGUCUAAUUUCUGACUCUGAUUUCCUUCAUGGAUGACUAUAAAUGAGACAUGAGCGCCUCUUCUUGUCCGUAUCUACUUGCCUUGAGGGUCUGUUUGAACUGCUUGAACUGGGUCAAUACAAACUUUGACGAAGCCAGAUUGACGUACCCCACCAGUUCUUCAGGUGGGGGAGCUGCAUCCACCGUGGUGUUACUGCGCCAAAAUCCAGCUCCGAAGCUGCAGCAGGAAAGCCAAAAUGAGUUGUACUUGUGAAUUUCUCCUUGUAACACCACAGACCAUCAACCAUAUACUUGAGGUGCCCUGCUAAAGGAAAUGUAAACAUGAUAUUUUAGCUUCUUAUUGUGUGGUUAUCCCAUUGCUUUUGUCGAUAUCACUGUUGACGCUGGAGCUUAGUGCAUCCUGACUGUAUACCUAUGUGUGAUUGUGCUGCUCAUCAAGGGACAUAACAAGCAAAUUUAGAGAAAAAAAAUGGUUUUAUUUUGAUGUCUGCUAUUCAUUCAGAGCUACUGUGGGGGCUGAUGGUGGCUUGUUGGGUGCAUUCUUAUUUUUUGUUAUCCACACUUGUGUGACAUGUAUGGAUCGGCUUUAUUUUUCAGUCACUGGCACUGUAAUUGUUUUAGUUGAGAGUAUAGUCAGAGUAGUGAUUUAACUUGCACCAGAAAAACUCGUACUCUGUGUAAAAUGCUUAAGGUGAGCUUGUCAUAGUUCACCUGGUGUCAUAGUCCAACACUGCACAUGCUUUGGUCAAAAAGGGUUUGCAAGGAACACUGCAGAUGCCGUGUAGCUACUGAGCCAACGUAUUUUAGUCUAAAUGCUACAACACGUGGAUGCUACCAUUAAUUGCUGUUGACCUUAAGCUGUGUUAACAGGCUUUGAUAAGAGCAUCCCUUUACAGUAAACACAGAUCCUUUUUUUGCAAUAGCUGCAGUUACGUAUUGCACCCACAUCACAUUUAAUUAUAGCAUUCAGUAGCCUCAUAUGUCUGUGCACUUUCAAGGUCUUACUUUCAAGCCAUACUGUUUGUUAUUUUAUCAGAUCUGUAAAAUAUAGCGGACUUCCUGAGAAAUUACUGUAAAAAAAGAAAAAAAGACUUAAAAACAGUGGCUCACAAUGUCAGUGUCAUCUUUGUUUUGUCAAAUCAAACAAAAACAUCACAUAAAACUAUAAAUGGUUAUUUUUAAAAAACCUAAUAAGGUAGUUGUUCCGUAUGUAGUGCAGCAGUCAAUUGGAAUGAACCUGUGUGAGCCUGAAACUACAGAAUCUGCCUCUCAACCCAUGAAAAAACAAGCACCGUGUUUCCAACAAAAGCAAGUUGUUGUUGUAAGCACUUUACAUAUGAUUAUAUUCAAGGCAGUUGAAUGGGGUUUUCCACUUGAGUGGCAGCGGUUUGGACUCUAAUUUUACAAAUGGAUUGGUGCCCAUUGUACAGCUUAAGACAAAAAGCUCUGUUUCAACGCUGAUAAUCCAGCUUGGCACUUAGCAGACUGUAUAUAAAUCUCUAAUGCUGUCUUUCUCUGUAUAUAAUUUUUUUCCGGGCUUUUCUUUCUUUCUCAUUCAGAUUCAACUAUUCCAGAGCUCAACAAACACCACAUGGCAUCAGAACUGUAAAGACAGACGAUGUUUCCUUUCUUUGUUUCCUGUCCAAAACAAAACAAAAAAUCAUCAACCUCGCCGUUUCUCACAAACUACAUGAAAGGCUCGUGCGAGCAGUUUUCUCUUCCCCCAGAUCUCACAGGGAAAACUUACUCACACCGAGCACACACGAGGCUAUAGGAUGAGAAGCUAAGCAUAGCCGGGACAGCUUUGAAGUGAAAUACAGUAAGAGGCGAUUAUUCUUGCAGCCCCUCUGAGAGAUGCCCAGAUGUCCAGCAAUAUAUUGCAUUUGGCACCACUAUGACUGUCAAAUAUGGGUGUCGCAGUUUUUCAUUUAUUUUUCUCCACAUUUAUGAGGGUAGAAUUAAAUUAUUUCACUGAUAUCAUCAACAUUCAAUUACAGUGCAAUCUACUUUGGGGGAUUUAAAAAAAAAUACAGAAUAAAGUGUCUGCAUGUUAUGCAUUACUUUACAUUCACAUGAUCGGAAUUCUAAAAAUGUGCCUGUUUAAAACUUGCCAUACAGACUUUUAGCAACUCUCUUCAUGAAAACAAAACAAAUUUGCUGUCCUUCUAAAAAUGGAUCGUUUCCUCUAUCUGAUGCAGCUUCUGCACUGAUCCAAACAUAAUGCAUUUUCCCAGUCCAGAGAAUCUGCACACUGCACAGCAAACAGAUAAAUAUUUGAUAGGCCAGCCUUCUGUCCCACCUCCCCCCACCCUCCAGAAUGGCAACAGCUACAGUGGGCAUGAGAGUACUAGAGGAUGUGAGUGCCAUGUCAGUCUUUGGGAAUCAAAGCCCAUGUGGGGACGGAGCCUGCCCUGCUCACCUGUGGACGCCUCGCCGGCUGGUGCUGGCGGCGCCUGUUUGCCUGGCUACAAGCACUGCACAGAUGCCAGGGCAUAACAGAUGAAUAAACACAAAGACCCGGAACAAUUACAAGGGGUUGCUGCCCUUUCCUGAUAAAACAGAGCAACCCCUUUCAGAGCAGAGCAUGGAGCGUAGACUGCUUUGCAGAGAUGCUAAAGACUAGCCUGUAAAACACUGGAUAAGAACGUUUCUAAGGUGAGAGACAGAGCUUAGGAGCAGUGUGAGGGAAAGACACUGGCUGGAAUUUAUAAUGGCUUUUUCUGUUCAUUGCCAAUGUUAUGUUUGUUUAUUGCAAAAAGUAUGUUGCUUGGUUUGAAUUAACUGGGAAAAAACAGAUAAAGAAAUACUCAGCAUUAGUAAUUUCAAGGUUUUGUCACGCUUGCAAAGGGACUUUUAAACUGGGUUAUUUGAAGUCUACAUCAGUGUAUGAUAGGUGUCACUGUGCAUGACGGAGCACAUUAGCGAAGGUGCCAUUUGAACCUCUGAACUGAUCAUAAUAAGCCUUUUUUUUUCAACCGUGUAAAUGCUUUCUGUCACUCAGUUUCUCUCUUUUUCUCUCACUUUCUUUUUUUCUUUCCUACCAAAUCAAUACCUUGUUAGUAAUUUAAUAAAGUCCAAGUGUAAGACCUGUACAAAAUAGCAUUUGGAAACGACUCUCAGAGUUUCCUUUGUCUCACAGGGUGCAUUGGUAAUCAGUGCGGGUUGGUUUGCAGCAGACAGUUUGCAGCAAGUCACAUAAGCAAAUGGGAAGUAUAAUAGGAAUGCCUUUGGAAGUCAAAUGAGUACCCUUCAACGUCAUUGGUUGAUUCGCUCUGUACUCCAAAUGACGCAAACUACUUGCAAAUGCUACACGAGGCUCAGAAGGUACUUUACUUAAAUGGUCAUUGCAAGAAUUUGUAUAAAUAGUGAACCAUAACCAUACAGUAAUUGUAAUAAAAAGGCAACGUGUAAAUGCUCUUUUGGGUGAACCACUAUUUUCAGGAGGUGGCCCUCUGUAUCUAAGAAAAAAAUGAAAAAGAUGUAUUUUAACUGUACCGGUCUGUGAAUCUAUGAUGCUUUUGCUCUGUAUAUUUGGAGAAUAAAACUGAUGUUUGAGUUGG